GCCUUUCGCCAAGCCCAGCCCCCCUUAGUUACUGUUGCUAUGUCCGACAAACAAAUGGUCAAACACGAACAGCGCGACAGAUUGCCAUGACGGGAAGAGGUAUACCCGUGCUUGUCAGUGACCUUUUUUGGAGCAAUACCUCUGCGAUAUCCUCCAGAUCGAGGCAAAAGGUGUUACAGUAUGCAUUAGAGGGAUAUAUUCAAAAUAUAAAAAUACGCAAUGAAGGAGACAUGACUACUAUCGAGGCUAAUGCUUACCGGUCUCAAGCGAAAUCUGAGAAACCCCAUGACCUGUACCUCAAAUGCAACCAGCGCAGCCUUGUGGACCAGUCAUGCUCUUGCACUGCCGGCAUACUUCUCACUCCAGGUCAUCUAUGCCAGACGCAAGUUCUCCGUGUCCCCGCCCAGCACCUCAGGUCCCCCAGGGUUUGAGAGGGUCUUCAGAGCACAAGCCAACUGCUCUGAAUAUUUCCCCCUCUUUAUUACAAUCCUCUGGGUUUCUGGACUCUUUUUCAGCCAAGGUCUGUCAUCAAUAUGUGGACUCCUCUACCUAUAUGGACGCUUCAAGUACUUCAGGGGAUACGCUAAAUCUGCUCAUGGACGACUGGCCCCUCUGUAUUUCAGUGCUAAGGUUCUCUGGGUUCUGAUUGGAUUCUCCGGACUGGGGAUUUUGAGUUUUGUGUGUCGAUUCUACCUGGGACUGGACCUGAUGCAAAUGGCCAGCUCUGCCCUAGGCCUGACUGAGGACGGAGAGGGGGGGCUAUGAGGGUUGAGGGAGAUGGGAGAUUUCUGUUUGUGUGCCUCUAUCGCCAGUUGGCUCAUUUCAACACUUGGUGGUGCCAGAGUAUGUUGUGGGAAACACUUGUUUCUUGGAUCAUGUUUCCCAUUGGUGAGUCAGUGGGGUCCUUCAACAUUGGUCCUGGAGGGAUGAAUCAUUUCUGUUUGUUUUUUUAUCUCUACCUGCUAGUUAAUUGCCCUCACCUGAUAUUAUAACUCUGAACUCGGUCUUGAGUAGAACAGAACAUUUCUGACCACCCUGGACAGUGGUGGAAUAGCCCAGGUUUACUGAAUGGAACUUAUAUAGUUGCUCCUGUGUUCUGCCUGUUUAACUUCUGUGUAGCUUAAGGAACUUCUAAAAGUCAGGGGAAAAGAUUUUGGAUAUAUGUUUUAAAUCUGCUUGUCUAUGAUUUCUUUGGGGAAACUGAAAGUAACUGGAAUUGGUAUUAACUUUGGAUUUAUUUAAACAAGUAAAAUGCAUAAAUAAAGCACAUGGUGUAUAUUGGA